CAUGGCACACACAAGUCGGAACUCGGAAGAAAGUGAUAAGAAGACGAUGGGAACAACUGUGGCGCCAUGGAAGCAGCUGCUCUUUGGUGCCAUUGAGGCUAAUUCUCAUCUAACCCACUCUUCUUACCUUCAGCUCGCGACGAUUGGUUUAAACGGACGGCCUUCGAAUCGUACUGUUGUAUUCAGGGGAUUUGAAGAGAACGGUGAUAGAAUUCAAAUCAACACCGAUCUUCGUAGUCGUAAGAUUGAAGAGCUUAAGCAUUGUCCUUUUUCUGAGAUAUGUUGGUAUUUCUCGGAUACUUGGGAGCAAUUCCGGAUCAAUGGAAGAAUUGAGGUCAUUGAUGCGUCGAAUCCUGACCAGACUAAGCUUCAGCAAAGAGAGAAAGCUUGGUUUGCUAAUUCCUUGAGGUCAAGGCUUAUCUACAUUUGUCCUACUCCUGGUAGUCCUUACAACAGUGAGCAACCAAGCCAAGAAGUUAAAUUAGAUCCCUCAAGUGGUCCAGUUCCUGAGUACUGCCUUAUGCUUCUAGAGCCACAAGAGGUUGAUUACUUGAAUCUGAAAAGCAAUCAGAGGCUUUUGUUUUCGUCGACGGCUAGUGGAACAGGAGAAAAGUGCUGGACUUCAGAAAAGGUUAACCCAUAAUUAACUUUUAAUGUCUAAUAGGGUGAUUAAAGAAUUUCUUAUUUAUGUUUGUGGAUUUCCCUUGUGUGAUACGCCAGUUUGUAGCAAUUCAUAAUACUUUUACUUUUUACU